UGUGUAUGAUGAUCGAUGGCGAUUGGAUCAUUCAGUUGUUGAUACGGAGCUUGACGUGAAGAUCGAGUUCGGUGCUGCUGAACAGGUCAUGAACGAAAUUUCUGCCUUCAUCGACUCCAGCAAAGCCUCGCUCGAAGACAUUGAAGCAGUCAUCCUUAAAGAAUUGACGUUAGCAGUGUUCGGCUCCAACAAGCUUGACAAAGUCGGCCUUGGCCUGGACGAAACCUUUCACCUCUGUAUGAGAAUCUUACGAGGAGAGAUUGAUGUCGAGUACGAAGACAGAACUGAAGACUGUCAGAAGAAGAUCGACGCAUUCGCUCUGAAAGGUCUGAAGUCCGGCGAAGUCAAGGUGGCACGCUCUAGGCGCGAAGUCGUACAGCACGCCGCUGCUUUUCGACAUAUCAUUACUGUGUUUGUGAAGCGCAACCAAUCGAUGACCGAGGAACUGAUAAAAGAGACCGAUGCUAUACUCGUUCGCGGCCUUUCUGGUGAAGACGCUGGUGUCCUCAGCUCUAAGUCGUACGCGACGCUUCUGUACAUCAGUCCGUGUGCAUAGGUCUCUAAUAUGUAGUGCGGAUGUGGUAAUAUUCAGAUCGGAGUAUACCAUUCGUACAACUCUCGAGGAGUGGCGAGGGUGCAGCGAGGCAUAGUUGCUUCCUAGUUGAGAUUAAAUCCGAACCCGCUGUAUUCUUGCACGAUCACAUUCAGGAGUCCGCGCCGAGCCCGAAAGCUUCAACAUUCUAAACCUUUCCGUCGAGCUCCGUGAGCAUGCCGUCAGAUCACCGGCAGUCGGGUCAGUGCUCUCAGGGUCACCGGACCCGUAAUCAUCGACAGCAAGAUCACCGAAAAGAUCACUCGGAGCAGGAUCACCGUCGCUCC